ACAGCCAUCCCUGAUUGGAGCACGUUGUCCAGCAGGUCACACCCGCAUUGUUUCGGUUGCCAGCAUUUGCUCUUGUUGUCGGAGGCGACUCGAAAAAGCCAUCGGAUCCCCCACCCCAGCGCGCCUGUACCAGAAAAAGCCCGCCAAGCAAAGGAUUCGGUGCCCCACCCACCUCCCACACCUUAGCAUCGGCCUUUGCUAGUCUGCCACAACACCCUUCGGUCGACGUCAGAUCUCCGUGCCUCCGGCCACUACCGUUUUGGGAAGCACCCAAGCUGCCACCUAGCACCCUCCGGUAUCAGUCAAGCAGAUAAUAGCCUGUGUGCCGCACUGCUUCUUCUUCACAAUGUCUUUGGCUCGUGCAUUCACUACACGGCGCGGAAAGCAGCCAUCUGUCGACAUGGGUUUCACUCCGCAGCGAAGCAACACCGUCUCCCGCGGCGUGGGCUCCAUCCGCCACAAGAUCUCAGCUCCCAUCGGACUUACACACACCACCAACAUGCUCGCUUACAAUGCCCCAGACCUAUACCCAAAGUCGGCCAGCUCCAUCGCCUCGUCCAGGUCCGACGACGAGUCUGACGCUGCCACGAACGCUUCCUCUCCGCCCACCAGCCCAGACGUUGGCACCACUCCUGACCGUGCAGAGUCCCCAGAACCAAACCACCUGUCAUGUUACUUCACAGCUCCCGGCCAAAAGCCAUUCCCCAGUUCAACACCAGCUCCUGUUAUUCCCAAGAGAGCACCAUCGCACACCAAGAAGGCCUCCAUGGACAACCUGGCUGCCAAUGUCAACACUCGCCUGUCUAACCAGUCAAACAACUCCGUAUCCACCAAAGCCAGCUCCAUCCUCUCCCGCUCAGCGUCUGUAUCAACAACCGCCACUGUAGCCUCGGCCCUCUCUCCCGCCAUGAAGUCGCCCGCGCCGUCAAUUCCUACGACGCCCAGUUAUGCUGCUCCCCCCAGCGCCCGUUCCAGUGCGGGAGCGCUCAAGCGGAGAACUGCCGACCGCUCUGAAGCCACGCACCCUUUUGGUCAGGAGCUCGCCCAGGUUACCGAGAUUGCAGAAGAAUUCGGAAUACGCGACAAGAUCCAGAUCACCGAUGAAGAGGAGCAGGAACUCAAGGCCAAGGGCCUCUUCAAGUUCCAGGCUGAUGACUACAUCAACGAAGUGCAGAGCAUCUUCACAACCUUCUUCCAGCCUGAAACCAAAGCCGCGCCGGAACCUAUCUGGAUCUGAGGUGACAUGACUCGUCUUGGACAAACGACCUACUUCACAAUGUACAUACUUUUGGCGGUGACUUUUUUUGCUGGGGUUGGCUGCACAUACAGACGGCUUGCUGCUGUCCCGGGACUUGCGUUUCGAACAGCUAUUG